AUGGCGGACUCGGAUGGCGAGUAUGCCUCCGACGAUGAGCUCAAGAGGAACGGAAAGAGGACAGCGGAUGGGCGCAGCAAGCAAACCAAGGCGUCCUGGGAAGAUGUAAAGCGCUCCUGGGAUACCGUUCUCGAAACAGCGGACAGUGGUCUCUCGAUUGCAGAGAUCCGGGAGGCCGAGAAGCGACGUCGCCUUCUGCGCGACACGACACCACUUCAGCGUGGCAUCAUCCGCCACUUGAUGUUGGUGCUUGACAUGAGUUUUGCCAUGGCCGACAAAGAUCUGCUACCAAACCGCUAUCGAGUCGUCCUCAACAACGCCAUUGGCUUCGUACGCGAAUACUUUGAACAGAAUCCCAUCAGUCAGUUGGGCAUCGUGGGGAUGCGCGAUGGGAUUGCCGUGCGCAUCAGCGACCUGAGUGGGAACCCAGCCGAACACAUCGAGAAGUUGAUGCAAUGGAGCGAGCAACAAGACCCCCAAGGAAAUUCAAGUUUACAAAAUGCACUGCAAAUGUGCAGAGGUGCUCUAUAUCAAACCCCAUCACAUGCCACGCGCGAAGUACUGAUAAUCUACGGGGCCCUCGUCUCGAUCGACCCGGGCGACAUCCACGACACUAUCAACGACCUGGUAGCCGACCGAAUCCGCGUCUCCGUCGUCGGCCUCGCCGGCCAGGUCGCCAUCUGCACCGAGCUCUGCAAGCGAACAAACAACCACGACGGCAACUACAGCGUCGCCAUAGACGAGGUGCACCUGAAGGAGCUCUUCUUCGCCGCCACCACUCCGCCCGUCACCCGCACCCCCGAGCAAAACACUGCCAGCCUGCUCAUGAUGGGCUUCCCCAGCCGUACGCUCGCCCCCAAAGACCACGUUAGCUACUGCGCCUGUCACGCGAAGCCCACACGAGAAGGAUAUACCUGUCCGCGCUGCGGAAUCAAGGUGUGCCGGCUGCCGAUCGACUGUCCGAUCUGCAAGCUCACGCUCAUUCAGAGUACGCACUUGGCGAGGUCGUACCACCAUUUGUUCCCGCUUAAAGUCUUUGUGGAGGUUCCGUGGUCACAGGCGAGUCGGUCGACAGCGUGCUACUCGUGUCUAUCGCCUUUUCCUACAGGGCCGAGGGACACGGUGGCAGCGGCGCCGGCGGUUUUGGGAGGGAGAGCAGGGAAAGGCGGGAAACAGGACAGCGAUCCCAAGAAUCCAAAACCGGAACUCAAGGGCGUCAGUGAAAGCGGCCGGUAUGCGUGCCAGGUGUGCGGGAACCACUUCUGUAUAGACUGUGAUGUCUUUGCCCAUGAGACGAUUCAUAACUGCCCGGGGUGUCAGAGCGAUACGAGGGAGCCGGAAAGGGACACGGCGCUAGCAGUACCAGACGGUGGUCCUAUGCCUAUGGUGGUAGAUUCAUAA